AGAUAUAUAUACAUAUACAUAACUUGAUGAAGAUAUAUUGUUCAAAUGUUUAGUUAUAUACACACUAUAUAUGAGUAAUUAUAUAAUUGAGUCUUAGAACUGAAUAGGUAAAGCUUAUUCAAAUUUGAAAACAGUUGAGACAGAAAUAAUGUCGAUGAAUCAUUUUAGUCACCAACAUAGUUUGAGUCCACUUACUUGGAGGCCGGGUUUUCCAAAAUUUAGUUGCGGCUUGUGCAAUCACUUAAUCAAAUCUGGAGAGAACUUUUAUGACUGCUGGGACUGCUACGAUUAUCACAUCCAUGAAAGAUGUGCUGAGUUGCCGGAGCACAUUACCAACUCGUUGCAUGAUCAACACCCUCUCACCCUCCUUGAGAAGAGAUCAAAUCCAAGCACUAUUUGUUGCUCUUACUGUAACAAGUCCAUCGAAGAUGAACUUUAUGUCUACACUUGUGAGGAGUGUGCUUUCUAUGUGCAUAUCACAUGUGCUUCAAUCCCAUUGCCCACCAUUACAUGCGACGGUUGUGAGGAUCAAGACAUUGUUCAUUUUUCUUGCCAUCAACAGCCAAUGGUGCUCGUCGAGUUUGGUGGUGGUAAAGAUGUACAAGGUAAUAACUGUUUUGUGUGUCGAUUACCUUGGUCCAAUCCAUCCUAUUCUUGCACAUCACUUACUUGUAUGAAUUUUCUCCAUGAGUCAUGUGCAGAAUUACCCCAGAAAAUCAACCAUCCAUUUCAUUCGCACCAACCUCUUAAACUUCAAAUAAGUAAACCUCCUGCCUGUGAUGUUUGUUGCAAGAAAGAUUGUAGGGUGAUUUUUAGGUGUCAUGAAAUUGGAUGCGACUUUAAAUUAGGUACUGAAUGUGCAUAUCUUCACACAACUGUAAGAUGUCGUAGUCAUGAUCACUUGCUUGCUUUCGUGGAAAAUUCAUCUUGUGAUAAUAUUCAAUGUGAUGCUUGUUUAAACUCUUAUAACGGAUUGAAUGAUCAAGAAGUUAUUCAAACUCGAUCACUCCAAUUCUGUUGCAUGGAAUGUGACUACAAGCUCCAUUUUAUAUGUGGUCCAUUACCAUCGAUGAUUAAAUAUGAUUACCACAUUCACUGUUUGUCUCUUGUUGAUUCACUAAUCGAGGAUGACUUUGAUGAAUACUAUUGUGAUGCCUGCGAAAAAGAAAGGAAUCUGCAAUUUCGUGUGUAUAGAUGCGACGACUGUAAAUAUACCGCACACGUACAUUGCAUAAUUGAUGAGAUUUUGAAGACACUAAAAGGAGAGACAAACACUAAUAAUAAUAAUAAUGAGGUGGAGCUGAGGGCCUUGGGAGAAUUUCAAUGGAACUGGAGCACUGAAAUGGAUCAAGCAAAAGACCACCAUCAUCAGACCCUUGGGGAGAUAAUGUAUACUCUAACCCAAGAAGAAAAAAAGAGAUUAGCUCAUCCAGUUGAUCUUUGUUACAAGCUUGGCUAUAAUCGUUACAGAAAUUUAAAUUCUCAAUUUGAUGAGUUAAGAUCUCUUGAAAAUUUCGACAAAUUUAAAGAAUUUUUUCAAUCUGAAUAUGAUGAUUUCUGGAAUGAAGUGUAUUUCUACACAAGUGAAGAAGGAUUUAAAGUAGAAGAAAAGUAUUCAAGACAAGAGGUUGUGGAAGUGGCGGGUAAAUACAUGGUCCCCAAGACACUGUCCCCCAUUUUGAAAACACUCAUUCAGAAGUACGGAGAUCUUGAUGGUCAAUCUAGUUUGUCAAGUGGAAUGAGGAGUGUGAUCUCAACACUAUUAUCAAUAGUCAUUGACAAAAUGUGUAGAACAAAGAUUGAAAAUAUCACAAUGGAUGAUAUGCACGAAUGGCAUUUCUACAUACUUGGCAUAGAAAAGAUUUCAGGCUUUAAUUUGUAUGGAAUUCGAAGUAUUUUAUACAAAGAGUGCAUGAGUGCCUAUUUGGGUUUUAAAGCCAUUAGAUGUGAAAAAGAAGUUCCUAAAAAGCUAGAUAUGAAGAUUGCAACAUUGGAAGCCGAAUUGGAAAAAUUCAAGAAGAUGCGCGAAGAACUCCCAACGAUCAUGUCUCACAAGUCAUCUACUACAUUAGAGCGCUUAAGCAAAGCUGCUAAAUGGAAGAACAAGACUUUAGGGGAUGCGUGGUUUUAAUAUUAUUCGUACAAUAGUUUGUAUGUUUCAUUUAAUUGAGAGAUUAAUUAGAAUAUAUUAUGAUAAGGUAAAUCGUGUGUUUUGUUGCACUAUACUCUUGUUUUCUAUAAUCAUAUAUAUAUAAUUAUCAAGCAAGUUGCAGAGGUGAUACAUUUGUUACCGCUAUACACAACAAUACGGUUGCAUGAUCUGUGACUGCUAUAUGAUUGAGGUUAUGAAAUUUGUAUCUUAUUUUCUAGUUGAGUUUACAUGAUGACGUGUUUUGUGCUAUAACUGUGGUGUUGUUACUAGCAAAUGUGCAUGAAGGAUAAUUGAUGAGGUUCUUCGGUGGUGCAUUAUCGGCUACCAAAUC